CAUCCAGCCAGAAGUGGUAGAUUUUUUUCUAAACUGCAGGCAGUAACGACUCCAAAGAUCAGGCUUGUUCACAGUAUGGCCUACACAACUGCACCGGGUGAUGUGGAGAUGGGACGUGAGGAGAGGACGGUUGUUUUGGUGGAGAAGAAGUCCUCCACAGGGCGGACAUGGAAGGUGUCCAUGGCUCUUCUGGUCAUCAUCCUCUGUUUAGGAGGCGUCCUGUUGUCGGCUUGGUACUGGAGUAGAAAGCCAGAAAUGACGCAAUCAGGCCAAACAGAAGCAUUAAUCAAACCGGACGCUGCUGAGAAAACAGAUCCGCACUACACGUUGAGUCGAAUCAGCAGCAAAGCCAAGGCAGCCAUCCAUUUAGAAGGUUUCUAUGACGAUGGAGAGACUUCCAAAGUUGGGCUGGAGUGGAGAAGCGGUCAAGGCCAGGCGUUCGCUCAGGGCGGCUUCAAGCUGCGGAACAACCAGAUCGUCAUCCCACAAACCGGCCUCUACUUCGUCUACAGCCAGGCGUCGUUCAGGGUCUCCUGCAGCGAGGGCGGCGAGGAGGAGGGGGCGGGAAAACGCCUCACACCUCUCAGCCACAGGAUCUGGCGCUACUCAGACUCCAUCGGCACCAAAGCCUCGCUGAUGAGCGCCGUGAGGUCGGCAUGCCAAAACACGGCUCAGGAGGACAGCUACAGCGACGGACAGGGCUGGUACAACGCCAUCUAUCUGGGCGCAGUGUUUCAGCUGAACAGAGGAGACCGACUGUGGACGGAAACCAACCAGUUAGCAGAGCUGGAGACCGACGAGGGCCGGACUUUCUUUGGUGUCUUUGCACUCUGAAAUUACUUUUCUGCUGUGAAACAAAGAGAGACGAUAUAAAGCUGCACUUUUAUGUUUUUUUUUACAUUCUGGGUUUUUUUUAAUCAUUAUUCAUCUUCAUGGUGAUGUGAAGUGUUUAAAUCUCAAUGGAGAUUAAGCUUGUAGCCAAACAGGCAGUGCAGAUUUUUGUUAAUCCUAUGAACUGUAACAGUUUGCAACAUUAUUUCUAUUUUAGGCACUUUUUUUGUAACAUUAUUUAUGCUGACCUGAGAUUGUAGUCAGCUAGACUUAUCCGAGACAGACACAGCUCUUCACCGGAGAGUUUAGCCAUGUACUAUCACGUACUAUUACAACCUGUAUGUAUUUAUUUGUAUUUAUUUAUAUUUAAAUCGUUGGGAUUAGGUGUUAAAGAUUUUAUUUAUACAUACUUUAUGUGCACAUAAAUUUUAUUAAAACAAAAAAACAAAACAAGUUUGUGUCACAGUGAUGGAUGAACUAAUUUCAUAGCUCAGAUAUUCAAUAGAAAGUGGAGUUG